AUGUCUAAUAUGCACUUUUUGGUGGGUUAUCGUACAGACAAGUACGUCAUUCUUGCUUCGGACAAGACAGCAUUUGCUUUUGGAGCUCUUUCGGUGUCUCAAGGUUUGUGAAACAAUUUUUGUUGUUGAAUUGAUGUUUUAGAUUCGAAUAAGGAAUUCCAACUGGGUGACAAGCUUUUUAUGACAGCGAUUGGAGAAGCUGGAGAUGUCGAUAAUUUUGGGGACUGGGCCAAGAGAAACAUAUACUUGUAUAAGCUCAGACAUAACUAUGAGCUCAGUCCGAAGUCAGCCCACCAUUGGUUAAGAAAGAAUAUUGCUGAUAAUCUCCGUGGAGAGGACUUCUGGAGAGUGGACAUCUUGGUUGGCGGCUUUGACGACAUCACCAGUAAAGCCUAUCUGGGCUCUGUUGAUUAUCUUGGGACAAGUUUGUCAAACCAGGUAGGAAUUCUUUGAAAAAUAAAUUUCUUUCGUAGGAUUACCUCUUCCGUGGAUUCAGCGGUCGUCUUUGCUACGCUAUAAUGGAUGCAUACUACGACAAAGGUUUGUUCGUUUUUUUUUACUCUGAAAGUUAUGAAUUUUUGUAGACGCUCCGGUGGAAAAAGCAGUUGAAAUUGUAAAGAAGUGCCUGGAAGAAGCGAAAAAGAGAUUUGUGGCCAACCUUCCAAAGUUCUCUGUCUUGGUUAUCGAUAAGGAUGGUGUUCGUCAUUUUGAUGACAUCACGGUUUAA